AUGUAUUUCGCCUCACUUUCUUUGGUUUUAAUAUCAGCUCAAUUGUUGACGACCAUCAAUGCGGCACACAUUUUGGGAAUAUUUGCAUUUCCCGGCAAGGGACCAUAUUCUUUUGUUGAACCAUUACUCAAAGAAUUGGCCUUACGAGGUCAUCAUGUGACAUCAAUAACAAAUUAUCCCCAAAGCAAGCCUGUGAAGAAUUUUCGCGAUAUAGUGAUUGAGAAAAAUCAACAUUUGUUCGAUGAGUUUAAAAACUUCUCCAUGGAAACUAUUGGCUCUAAUCACUUUGAAACCCUUGGUACCUUUUACAAUAAGGCCUAUGAGAUGUCUCAUAAUGUCUUUGCAAAUGAAGCGGUUAGAAAGCUACGCCAAACAGAAUCAUUUGAUUUAAUAAUAAUGGAUGUUCUAUUCACCGAAUCUUUUUAUGGAUUUGGCGAAGAUUUCGGAGCACCCAUGGUGGCCAUAUCGCCAUGGGGCACAAUGACAUCCAUCGAUGAGCUGGUAGGCAAUACAACACCAUUGUCUUAUAUACCGAAUAUGAUAAUGCUGCGUCACUAUAAUCAAAAUAUGAAUUUCUGGCGUAGAAGUUUAAAUGUUGCCGUCUACAUACUCGAACGGAUUCAUUACUAUUACACUUACAUGCCAAUGCAGCGGAAGAUAUAUGAGCAGCAUUUUCCAAAUGCCUCGAAAAGUAUAACAGAAGCUCAAAAGAAUUUUUCUUUGGUUUUGCUGAAUGAUCAUUUUGUACUCACCACCCCACGACCUUAUGUGCCAAAUAUGAUUGAGGUGGCUGGCAUGCAUAUACCCUCACAAGUAGAACCCCUGGCUGAGGAUAUUAAAAGGAUGCUGCAUGAGGCGCAGCAAGGUGUUAUCUACAUUACAUUCAACUCAUUUCUACCUCAAUACAUAUUCCAAAUGGUGCUCAAUGUAUUAGGGAAUUUUGAGCAAUUGGUUUUAUGGAAUUCCCAAUACCAUAACCUGCACACUUUGCAGAUCCCCCCGAAUGUUUAUUUCUUCUCCAAUGUGUCGCACCAUUCUCUACUCUCUCUUCCCAAUAUUCAUUUGCUUAUAACUCAUGGUGAAUAUCUUUGCAUUGUGGAAAGUAUUCAUUACGGUAUUCCUAUUUUAAGUCUGCCACGCUUUGAUGGCUUAAAUGAGGACUAUGUGAAUAAUGUAAAAAAAAUUGGAAAUGGAAUAUCCCUAUCAUGGGACCAGAUGAGGGAGAGGACUCUCUCAAAAACCUUAAAUGAUUUGUUAGCAACGGAUCGUUAUCGCCGUGAAGCCAAAUUGAAAUCCAAGCAAUUUCGAGAUCAACAGAAUCCCCCCUUGGAGAGAGCCAUCUAUUGGAUCGAAUAUGUUUUGAGAUUUCAAGGAGCACAUCAUCUGCGUAAUCUAGGACAAAAUUUAACCAUAUGGGAAUUUUACAAUUUGGAUGUUUUGCUAUGUUUGAGUUUAGCUGUAAUAGUGUUUGUAUUGUUGUCUUAUAUAAGUUUGAACUUAAUGCUUAAGCUGAUAAUGAAUGUGAAAUGA